UACUUUUACAUUUAUAUCAUUAAUAGAGUCCACAAUGUGGAGCGUAGCACAGGCGUGCCGCUGCGCACCCUUGGCGUUGAGGACUGCGCCCAACAGGCUACUAGUUACCACGAAAAGUGGCCUCACAAACACAGUGGUUCGUCAGUUAGUCACCCCGUCACAAAACUAUAGUAAAUAUGGACUGAAUAACUUUAAAGGACUUAGACUACAAGACGUACUAAAAUCAAAUGGCAUAGUGAUGCGGCUUUGCUCGAAUACACCCAAAACAAAGGCACAGACGCCCAAGGCUGUCGGGUACUGGUUGCUAGGCUGCAGUGGCAUGGUCUUCACAGCUGUAGUGCUAGGUGGCGUGACGCGCCUGACGGAGUCCGGUCUGUCGAUGGUGACGUGGCGGCUGCUGGGCGAGGCGCUGCCCACCAGCGAGGAGCAGUGGCAGCGCGAGUUCGCCAAGUACCAGCAGUACCCUGAGUAUAAGUACAAGAACAUGAACAUGACGCUGUCGGAGUUCAAGUGGAUCUGGUGGAUGGAGUUCGCGCACCGGACGUGGGGCCGCGCGAUCGGCGCCUGCGUGUUCCUGCCGGCCGCCUACUUCUGGGCGCGCGGCCGCCUGGACCGGGGCCUCAAAGUGCGCGUCGGCGUCUACUGCGCGCUGGUCGCCGCGCAGGGUCUCAUGGGCUGGUACAUGGUGAAGUCGGGUCUCGAGGACCGCUUCCAAGGGCCCUCGGACGUGCCGCGCGUGUCGCAGUACCGGCUCGCCGCACAUCUGUCGCUCGCCUUCAUCCUGUACGCGGGUCUGCUGGGCGGAGCGCUGAGGGUGCUCCGCCCCUUCCCCGGCGCGGCCACGUACCGGAGGGUCGAGGGGCUGAAGGGCGUCACCGCCCUGGCGCACGGCGUCAAGGCCCUGGCGUUCGUCACCGCCGUGUCCGGCGCGUUCGUGGCCGGCCUGGACGCGGGGCUGGUGUACAACUCGUUCCCCAAGAUGGGCGAGCGCUGGGUGCCCGCGGACGUGCUGGCGCUGUCGCCGGCGCUGCGCAACUUCACGGAGAACCCCAGCACGGUGCAGCUGGACCACCGCGUGCUGGGCGCGGCCACGCUGUUC